AUGGUCUCGCUGGUCAUUGAGACCAGCACUUCAUCGAUCGUUCUGGUCACCGAGGCUCGCCGGCUAUGGACCCCCAUCAAGUAUGCCCCAAUUGGUCGGCCGGCCAUCCACCGGCCCACCAUUCACCGGUACGCAUGGCCGGUAAACGCCCUUGAACAGGCGUACCCGGAGCAGACCCAAAUCCGGGUCGACAGACGGCCGGGAGAGGCCAAGUGGACGGCAGGCAUCUCGCUGGCGGACGUGCGAACCAGGACAAUACUGGAAAUGGAGCAAGACUCCGGUAUGGUCACCAAGGCCAUAAAUGCCACGGCGGUCCAGUUAAUGGACCGCGUGGCACACCAGGAACGGCUGGAAUUACCCGCACACAUGUGGCGAUUCUGGCUCUUCUUGUAG